UUUAUUGAUAUACUAAAGUUCGGCGUUCUUAAUAGUCUAUAUCGUCUCAUUCGGGUCCAGGCAACAACAUUUCAGUACGGGAGAUUUCAGAGUCAAGGAGUUGUAACAGUUAGCGUAUAAAAUAUCAUUUGGAGUUUGCAUGAUUUAGGGGUAAAUUAGAAAGAGACGCUACUCUAUUUUCCAUAUGGCAAAGUUCAACUUAUCGAAGCUCAGGAAAACGCUUGCAGAACCUCGGAAAAAGCUCAGACGUCACUCUGUAAAACCAUCAAAAACAUCUAAAUGUGCCAAAAAUAAAAAUAGUUUUGAUUCCUUGAUAAACGCUUCAAUGUUUCGGUUUUUGAAUGAAAAGUUGUAUACUUGUACAAGUAAAGAAGCCGCUGUCAUUUUUAAGGAGGAUCCUAAAUCGUUCGAAAUAUACCACGAAGGUUAUCAACGUCAACUUUCCCAAUGGCCUCAGGACCCACUGAUUUGGGUUAAGAGUCAAAUUACCAAACAAUGUCCAGAUUUACACAAAACCUACAAAGUGGCUGAUCUUGGAUGUGGUGAUGGGAGAUUAAGUCUUCUAUUACCUAGCUGUUACAAAGUGUACUCUUUCGAUCUUGUCUCCACAAACGAACGCGUCAUUGCUUGUGAUAUGGCUCACACACCGCUCAAAGACAAUGAAGUUGAUUUCGCAGUGUUUUGUCUCUCUCUAAUGGGAACUAAUUGUUCAGAAUUCUUGUACGAAGCGAAUCGUAUUUUGAAAUCUGAUGGUAUUCUGGUGAUUGUUGAUGUAACUAGUAGAUUCGAUGGAAAAUUCAAUGAUUUUCUGAAGAAACUAAAGCGCUUUGGAUUCACCAAACAAUUUUCAGAGAUAACUAGUGAUACAUACUUUGUUCGUGCUCUCCUUCGUAAAGUAUCCUCUUGUUCCCCUGACCUUGUGCACAACUUACCGAAAUUAAUCUUAAAACCUUGUUCUUAUAAAAAAAGAUAAUCAUUAUUUCUGUCUACCUGUAAAUUAAUCUUUUAAAUAUACACAUUCCAGUCAGAGUUCAACUUUUUGGACUAAUCUAAUUGUGUUUGUUCAAUU